UGCCCGCCCAGUCUGGAGCCGGAGAGAAGGAGGGACUAGGAGAGCGCCCGGGCCCCUCUGACCAGCGGCACCCGGCAGCAGCCUGUGCCGAACGAUACAGACAGACAGAUCCAGGGCGGCCCCUCCUGGCAGCCCUGCUCCUCCAGAGGGAUGCUUUGGGAGUGAGACCACUCCUCACCCCCAUAGCCCCUCACUCCCUCCAUUCUCCUGAGGCUCUGGGAGGCUGCAAAGGUCCUCACUGCCCUCCUACCCUGCCGCUGCCCAAUUUCGGGUCCAGCAAAGUCUUUCUGAUAACAGGAGAGGGUAGGCAGUGAGGAGGUCUUCCUGGAGGAGGUGACAGCCCAGAGCCUGGGACCUUGCCCACACUUCAGAAGGCAUCAGCAGCAAGGAUACCAUGCGGCCUCCGAGUGCCACGCGAGCUCCUGUCCUCGAAGGCCAGGUGCUGUUGCUGCCGUUGCUGUUGUUGCUGGGACCACAGGCCUCCUGGGGCCUGGUCAUCACACCCCCGGGGCCAGAGCUUGUCCUCAAUCUCUCCAGCACCUUUGUUCUGACCUGCUCGGGUCCAGCUCCAGUGGUGUGGGAACGGAUGUCCCAGAAGCCCCCACAGGAAAUGACCACGAGCCAGGACGGCAUCUUCUCCAGCGUGCUGACACUGACCAAUGUCACAGGGCUAGACACAGGAGAAUACUUUUGUACCUACAAAGGCUCCCGUGGGCUGGAGGCCAGCGAGCGAAAACGACUCUACAUCUUUGUGCCAGAUCCCACUGUGGGCUUCCUCCCUGUUGACCCCGAGGAACUAUUCAUCUUUCUCACGGAAAUAACUGAGACCACAAUUCCAUGCCGAGUGACGGAUCCGAGACUCGUGGUGACAUUGCAUGAGAAGAAGGUGGAUGUCCCGCUGCCCAUCGUCUAUGACCACCAACGUGGCUUCUCUGGUACCUUUGAGGACAAGACCUACGUCUGCAAAACCACCAUCGGGGACAGGGAGGUGGAUUCGGAUGCCUACUAUGUCUACAGCCUCCAGGUGUCAUCCAUCAACGUCUCAGUGAAUGCGGUGCAGACUGUGGUCCGCCAAGGGGAGAACAUCACCAUCAUGUGCAUUGUGACUGGGAAUGAGGUGGUCAACUUUGAGUGGACAUACCCACGCAUGGAGAGUGGGCGGCUGGUGGAGCCAGUGACCGACUUCCUCUUUGAAAUGCCCCACAUACGUUCUAUCCUGCACAUCCCCAGUGCUGAGCUGGGAGACUCAGGGACUUACAUCUGCAAUGUAUCAGAAAGCGUGAGCGACCAUCGAGAUGAAAAGGCCAUCAAUGUCACCGUGGUCGAGAGCGGUUACGUGCGGCUGCUGGGAGAGCUGGACCCUGUACAAUUCGCGGAGCUUCACCGCAGCCGGACACUUCAGGUGGUGUUCGAGGCCUACCCGCCGCCCACUGUCAUGUGGUUCAAGGACAACCGGACCCUGGGUGACUCCGGCGCCGGCGAGGUUGCGCUGUCCACGCGCAAUGUGUCUGAGACCCGGUAUGUGUCAGAACUGACACUGGUGCGGGUGAAGGUGGCUGAAGCCGGCCGCUACACCAUGCGGGCCUUCCAUGAGGAUGCUGAAGCCCAGCUCUCCUUCCAGCUGCAGGUCAACGUGCCUGUCCGUGUGCUGGAGCUGAGCGAGAGCCACCCUGCCAGCGGGGAGCAGACAGUCCGCUGUCGUGGCCGGGGCAUGCCCCAGCCACACCUCAGCUGGUCUACCUGCAGCAACCUCAAAAGGUGUCCGCUGGAGCUGCCUCCCACGCCACUGGGGAACAGUUCCGAGGAGGAGAGCCUGCUGGAGACGAACGUGACGUACUGGGCAGAGGAGCAGGAGUUCGAGGUGGUGAGCACACUGCGCCUGCGCCGUGUGGAUCAGCCGCUGUCAGUGCGCUGCACGCUGCACAACCUCCUGGGCCAAGACGUUCAGGAGGUCACCGUGGUGCCACAUUCCUUACCCUUCAAGGUGGUGGUGAUCUCGGCAAUCCUGGCCUUGGUGGUGCUCACGAUCAUCUCCCUCAUCAUCCUCAUCAUGCUCUGGCAGAAGAAGCCACGCUAUGAGAUCCGAUGGAAAGUGAUUGAAUCUGUGAGCUCUGACGGCCAUGAAUACAUCUACGUGGACCCUAUGCAGCUGCCUUACGACUCCACCUGGGAGCUGCCGCGGGACCAGCUUGUGCUUGGACGCACCCUGGGCUCCGGGGCCUUUGGGCAGGUGGUGGAGGCCACGGCUCACGGCCUGAGCCAUUCGCAGGCUACCAUGAAAGUGGCCGUCAAGAUGCUGAAAUCCACAGCCCGCAGCAGCGAGAAGCAAGCCCUCAUGUCGGAGCUGAAGAUCAUGAGUCACCUCGGGCCCCACCUGAACGUGGUUAACCUGCUGGGGGCCUGCACUAAAGGAGGGCCCAUCUUCAUCAUCACCGAGUACUGCCGCUACGGCGACCUGGUGGACUACCUGCACCGCAACAAGCACACCUUUCUGCAGCGCUGCUCCAACAAGCGCCGCCCGCCCAGCGCUGAGCUCUACAGCAACGCCCUGCCCGUUGGGCUCCCGCUGCCCAGCCAUGUGUCCCUGCCUGGGGAGAGCGAUGGUGGCUACAUGGACAUGAGCAAAGAUGAGUCAGUGGACUACGUGCCCAUGCUGGACAUGAAAGGGGACGUCAAAUACGCAGACAUCGAGUCCUCCAACUACAUGGCUCCUUAUGAUAACUACGUCCCCUCCGCUCCUGAGAGGACCUGCCGGGUGACUUUAAUCAACGAGUCCCCAGUACUUAGCUACACGGAUCUUGUGGGCUUCAGCUACCAGGUGGCCAAUGGCAUGGAGUUCCUGGCCUCCAAGAAUUGCGUCCACCGAGAUCUGGCAGCCAGGAACGUGCUCAUCUGUGAGGGCAAACUGGUCAAGAUCUGCGACUUUGGCCUGGCUCGUGACAUCAUGCGGGAUUCGAACUACAUCUCCAAAGGCAGUACCUUCCUGCCUCUGAAGUGGAUGGCCCCCGAGAGCAUCUUCAACAGCCUCUACACCACCCUGAGCGACGUGUGGUCCUUCGGGAUCCUGCUCUGGGAGAUCUUCACCCUGGGUGGCACCCCGUACCCAGAGCUGCCCAUGAACGAGCAGUUCUACAAUGCCAUCAAGCGGGGCUACCGCAUGGCUCAGCCUGCCCACGCCUCUGAUGAGAUCUAUGAGAUCAUGCAGAAGUGCUGGGAAGAGAAGUUUGAGAUUCGACCCCCCUUCUCCCAGCUGGUGCUGCUUCUCGAGAGACUGCUGGGCGAGGGUUACAAAAAGAAGUACCAGCAGGUGGAUGAGGAGUUUCUGAGGAGCGACCACCCAGCCGUCCUUCGGUCCCAAGCCCGCUUGCCCGGCUUCAAUGGCCUCCGAUCCCCCCUGGACACCAGCUCCGUCCUCUACACUGCUGUGCAGCCCAACGAGGGUGACAACGACUAUAUCAUCCCCCUGCCUGACCCCAAACCCGAGGUUGCUGAUGAGGGACCACUGGAGGGUUCCCCCAGCCUUGCCAGCUCCGCCCUGAAUGAAGUCAACACCUCCUCUACCAUCUCCUGUGACAGCCCCCUGGAACCCCAAGAGGAACCAGAGCCAGAGCCCCAGCCUGAGUCCCAGGUGGAGCCAGAGCCCAAGCGGCCGCCGGAUUCCAGCUGCCCUGGGCCUCGGGCCGAGGCGGAGGACAGCUUCCUGUAGGGGCCGGCCCCCACCCUGCCCUACCCGAAGCUCCUCCUCUACCUCCCAGCACCCUGCGCCUCCUGGCCUGGCCCAGCCUCCCAACAGCCAGGCUGUUCCCAUCAGCUGUCCCCUCUGGAAAGCUUUUGCCCCUGGCACAUCACACCCCGACCCCUGGGGCUGGCUUAGGAGGUAAGAAAACUGUAGGGACCAUGACCGGUCCUCUGCCUCUGGAGAGUGCGUGUGACUCUGAGCCAGGCUUCUCCCAGGGGACUCAGUUUCCCCAUCUGUAAGAUGGGAAAGGUGGGCUUGGCAACCCACAAUCUGGGAUUCUCACCCUGGCUGACAGAUAUGGAGGCUGGAAUCCCUGAGGAGAUGCUCAAGGUUCAUGAGGUGGUAGGUUAACUUUUUUUCUGUUCAGCCAGCUGCCCCUCAAGGAGCUGCAGCUCUCUCCUUGCACUUUUUCCUGCCCAAGAGCUGGGGAAGGGACCCUAGCAUCUCUGGCUCCUGGCUGAGCUAGGGCCUGGCCUUGGACAGUGUUGUCCCAUCCAGAAGCCACCUCCCCUCAAUGCCAGUCUUUGCUUUCCCAGGCCCAGGCUGGUCUGGGGCCUUCCACGCUUAAUUAAUGCUGGGGGCUGAGCCAAGGACAGGACACCCUGGCCUGUAGCCCCUGCCCCAGGCACUCGGGGUACACCUCCCCAUAACAUGCCUGUGUCCGUGUCUUCCUGGCCCCAUGGAUCCAGGGGUCUUUUUCCUCAUCACUGCCAGUCUUACUCCAC